AUGGCUCCCAUCAGGUCUGAAAGGCAGAAAAAGCCAUAUACUCGUUCUCAAGGGUCUGACGGCCAUUGGGUCCAUGACCGAGCUCCGCUUCAAUCAGCAAAGGCAAAUACACCAGCCAACACUGGUUCAACUACAAAGCUCAUCGUAUCCAACCUACACUACGAGAUCACGCCUAAAGACUUGGUGUCCAUUUUCGGACAAAUAGGCACGCUCGUUCGCGAGCCUUUGAUUAGGUACGACCGCAGUGGACGUUCAUCUGGUGUGGCAGUUGUGUCGUUCGAGACACCCUUGCAAGCAACACGUGCCAAGAGACAGUUCGAUGGUAAACUUGCCAAAGGACAAUCUAUGGAAAUCACAUUCGACACCGCGCCAUUACGAACAUCCUCGCUCUUGAGUAGGAUUGAACGACCUUCGUUGGCAGAGCGUUUGAGUGGCGGUGCUGGACCGAAACAGCAAGGAGGUGCCGGUUUAACUCGCACACGCCAACCACGAUCCGCGAAAGUUGCCUCGUCAUCGAGGACAAAGGCUCCAAAGCCUGUGCGAUCUAAAACCCCCACGGCAGAGCAGCUUGAUGAAGAACUCGACACUUUUAUGGCUGAUGACAAAGGUGUUACAGGCAAGAAAGCGGCCAUUACUGCAGAGGAUGUUGAGAUGGCGUGA